AUGUCCGCUGCUAAGAUUAAGGCUCAAAAUAUCAUUGACGAGAACAAAGUUGUUGUGUUCUCGAAGUCCUACUGUCCAUACUGCAAGUCGACAAAGUCGCUUUUGACCAGUCUCGGUGCGCAAUACUACGUUCUCGAGUUGGAUCAAGUUGAUGACGGCGCCGCUAUCCAAGACGCUCUCGAAGAAAUCACCAGCCAGCGUUCCGUCCCCAACAUCUUCAUUAACAAGCAGCACAUUGGUGGAAACUCCGACCUGCAGGCUCGCAAGAACGAGUUGCCUCAGUUGUUGAAGGAUGUUGGUGCUUUGUAA